GGAAAUUUAGAGGAGGAACUUAACAAAUUCCUAACAGCGUAUCGUACAACACCUCACGGGACUACUGGAAAAGCCCCAGAUGAGAUGUUAUUCAAGAGACGUCUUCGCACAAAGAUACCUGAAUUGGUUCCUUUUGAUAAAUGUGAUGAAGAAGGACGUGAUAGGGAUGCAGUUCUCAAACAGAAAGGAAAGGAAUAUGCGGAUGACAAGAAGAUAUCCUGACCUCAAAGUUAAUGAUAAAGUUUUACUACAGCAGCAUAAAAUGUGUAAGACAACAACUAUGUAUGAACAUGAUCCUUACGAGAUUGUUGAUGUCAAUGGUUCACAAGUGACGAUCAAAUCAGGUGAAGGUGUUUGCUAUAAGCGCAGUUCUUCACAUGUCAGAAAAUUUGAAGAAUCAGAUUUACCAUCGGGAAAUGAAUAUAUUGACAACUCAGAAUAUUCCAAAGAACCGAACACUAAUGAACAAGUGAUAGAUAAUUCGUUGGUCGUUGCUGAACCAAGACGUUCAUCCAGAAGUACAAAAGGAAGAGCUCCAGAGAGACUUGAUUUAUGAAGUGGCGUCGUAACGAUAAGUACAAACAGUAUAUAUUAGACAUUAAGAUUAUCAAUUAGAAGUUAAAAACUAUUGUUCUAAAACAUUGUCUUUUGCGAACAGUUAGAUACACUUAACGUUUUUAAUUAAAAAAAAAUAGAAGAAAAAAAGGGAUAUAGUGUUUAGAGAUAAUGUAUAUUUAAUAUAUGCAUAAUAGAUUGGUAUGGAUAGUUAGGUAUAAAUAUGGAUCGUAUAAGUCGGCCAUAUUGAUUAUUGUAUUUCCUGUUUGAAAUAUAAAUCUCUUAUAAUAAAGAGACACUAAAUAAAUUAAGUAAUAUUUGUUUUGAUCGGACGUCGUAAUUAGCAAGUUUAUACAUGCCCAUAGUAUUAUAAACUUAAGUUAAUGAAACAAGCGUUAGGACAAGAGUAAAGUUGUGCAAAGUCUCCUGGAGUACAAAGGUCAAUCUGUGAACCGUGUGAUCAUACACGUGCAAAGUGCAAGGCUGAAUUAACAACAAACCAUUGUCAAAUCUCUUCCCAUGCGUGCGGGAAAAUAGACCAAUCAGGUUUCACCUCUUCGUCUGCAUAGUUUUCUGCUUGGAUCAGUAAGCCUCAUUGUGUCACUUGCAAGCAAAAUUGUAUGACCUCUGCGGCAAAGUACUUCGAAAUUAUACUUUUGGAAAAGAUAUUUCGUGGAUAUAAAACAACGGUCAGUAACACAGUAUUAUUCAGUGAAACGCAGUUUAUUGAAAUAUAGCUCUGCCGCGGGCAAGCGGUUUUACUCUUCUGGUGGACAAAGGAAUAAGUUGGCUCAAGUACUGAUGUAUAUAUAAUUCAGUGAGACGCAGUUUAUCAGUCAAAUAUAACUCUGCCGCGGGCAACCGCUUUUACUCUUCUGGUGGACAAAGGAAUGCGUUGGCUCAUGUAUUGAUGUAUGAUUCAGUGAGACGAUGUUUAUUCAAAUAUAGCUCUGCCGCGGGCAAGCGCUUUUACUCUUUUGGUGGACAAAGGAAUACGUUGGCUGAAGUAUCGAUGUGUGAUUCAGUGAGACGCAGUCUAUUCAAGUAUAACUCUACCGUGGUCAAGCGCUUUUACCCUUCUGGUGGACAAAGGAAUACGUUGGCUCAACCGAUGAAGUUAAAUGAAACCGCCGCUGGGGGAAUUAUAACAAGAUCGAGAGGCUAAACACGAAUUCAACAAGCGUCAUUUGAUAUAAUUUGUAUAUGUAUUUAUGUAUGCACAUGCAUUUGGUGCGUAAGUAUGCGGUGAAUUCACACGUUUGCUUCGUAUUUCGCUUUUCAAACCAACCAAAAGGCUUUAACUUCAUCUAUUUUAUCACAGAAUUCGGGUACAGUAAUUAUCAGUUCAAUGUCAAUUUUAUUACCAUCUUGAGGUUAUUAACCGGCCAGAUUGGGCCUCUGAUUCGGGGAUUGGGUUUCAAUAAAGCGUCACAUUAAACUGUAUUCAAUCAUUCAAAAGUAGAUUAUAUAAAACUUCCUUUCUAGCUAUUUCAGGGCACUCUUUAAUAAAACAAACACUAAUUUGGCCCGUAUACAUUAUCAAUACUUUACUGGGCGCAACGUCGGAAAUCAAGUUCAUGUGUGAGAGAAAUUUAGGAUCUACUUUAUCUACAUUUGCGAUAAAUCGGCAAGUUGGAUGUCAUGAAAGAUUGGUACGUACUACGUACAGUGUGUGGUAUGUCGCUACUCAUGAAAAUUCAUUAAUGUCUUAUUACUAUACUGCAUGAUCUUUUUAGUCUACCAAAUACAUAUUCUUACAAUUUCUGCUAUUCUCAUGCAUGCAUGAUUGCAUGUUCAAUCACAAGGCUGUGGUUAUAAACACCUGAAUUGCAUUUCGAUCGUGGUAUUUUAAAAUAUGGAACAAGCUAUUUUUCUGAGAUUAAAGUCACAUAAUUUGAGAAUUAUAUUAUGUCAAGUUCCACCAAUCAUAAUUCAAAUAAAAUAAGUGGGGUUAGCAAAAUUGGUAACGAACACAUUGACAUUAAAAAUAAAUAAAUAGUAAAGAAAAAAAAAUGUAAAAAAAUGUUGGUGAGCUUUGUUUGUCGUGUUACCAACCCUCCAAUCAAGCACAUGUAAGGUAGAAGCUUUGUGGGGAAGCUACUGGUUGUCUUGGUUUUUUCCCAUCCAGGUUUCCUGUCAAGAGAUUGCAGGUUUUCCUGGCCUCCCUGAUGUUCCAGCUGUGGUAUGAGUGAUGGUAAUACUCAAAUAUAUGUCUUACGAUCAACUUUGUAGUUAAAAAAAAAAUUAUUUGCAUAUAACAUGAUUUUUUAAUUAAUUAAUUAUUUAAAGUGUGUCGAAAGAGAAAUAUAAACGAUAUGUCUUCGAAAAGCACGAAAAUCAUCUGUCAGAAGCUGUCUUCUAUACGAUUACAGUUGUGGUGGGAGUUGGGUUUUUUCCGUCUAUGGGGAAUACACAUGCUGUGUUUUUGUGGGGAUAGAGUGCUCCCAAAGGUCACCCUCAACCCCAUAGACUCACACAAAUCAAUGUAUUAUACAGUGUAUUGUAAAGUAAACAAUGACCAUCACGGGGAUCUACUACCCCUUGGACAUUUAGGAUGCCCAUUUCCGGGAUCUACUACCCCUUGGGUAAAGUCCAAAAUGGGGGAACCACGACCCCCUGAGGACAUAUAAUUAUAUCAUAAUCAUAUUGCUAUAAUAGUGAGUCUGUGGGGCGACACUUUGGCCACAGUUUAAAGUAUAAUCGGAGCAUUUCUCCUCGACAACCCUUCUCCCACAACAUUGUGUGUGUCAUAGUUGUUUUCUUAAUUGUCUUAGAAUAUUUGCUUAACGAAUUGGUGCAUUAAAUCACCUGUAAUCACCCGUGCCGCCCUGUUUUGAAGUUUUUGUAAUGUUUCUGAACAAUUACAACAAACAAGGGAGCAGUAGUCAAAAUGAGGUAG